AUGAAUACCCUCCGGAUUGCUGCCUCGGCCGUCACUGCGCUCCUCUACUGGUCCCAGCCCGUCAGCGCCGGUAGCCUGGCCGAUAUUGACCAUGUCGUCCUCUUCAUGCAGGAGAACCGUGCCUUUGACCACUACUUUGGCACCAUGCCUGGUGUCCGUGGCUUUGCCGAUGCCAACCUCCAGAUGAACGGCGAUAAGCCCGUCUGGAACCAGGUUGUCAACUCCCAGAUGACCACCAAGGCCGAUCACAUCAACCCUUGGUAUCUAAACUACCUUGGCGGCCAGUGGGAUGACAUUACUCAGUGCAUGUAUGCUGGUAGCAACGGCUGGGAUGCGAACCAUGCUGCGUGGAACCAUGGCACCAACGACCACUGGGCCAUGAACAACACCGUCUACAGCAUUGGCUAUUUUCAGCAAAAGGAUAUUCCCAUCCAAUGGGCCCUUGCUGACGGUUGGGUCAUCGGCGACAUGUACCAGGAGGGUGUUGUUGCCUCUACGAGCCCCAACAGAGUCACCUGGGUCUCUGGCUCCAUCAACUCCCCCGGUAGCCCUCAGAAGCCUGAUCAGGGUGGCAACCCGUACAUUGACAACAACGAGACGCCUGGCUGUGAGGCUGGCGGCAUUAACUGCUACCCGCUCAAGUGGAAGACGACGGGUGAGAUGUUUGAAAAGGCCAACGUCUCCUGGUCCGUCUUCCAGGACGCCGACAACUUUGACGACAACCCGUACGCCUGGUUCGGCCAGUUCCAGGAUGCGCCCGAAGGUUCUCCUCUCUACAAGAAGGGCAUGGCUGGCUCUUCCAUGGACUCCUUUUACGAGCGCGCCGCUAACGGUACCCUGCCGGAGCUGUCGUAUAUUAUCGGCCCUACGGUGCUCUCCGAGCACACCCCAUACAUGCCCAAGGAUGGCGGCUGGCUGCAGCGCAAGAUUGCCGACGCCAUCAUCAAGUCGCCCAAGUACAACAAGACCGCGCUCAUCUACUCCUACGAUGAAACCGGCGGCUGGGCCGAUCACGUCGACCCUUUCCGUUCUCCCAAGGGGACUCCCGGCGAGUGGCUCGACGACCCCUACGGCAAAAAUGGCUACACCUUUACCGGCCCUGGCUACCGCGUGCCCUUUUAUAUCAUCUCGCCCUGGACGCGCAAUGGCGGCGUUUAUACUGAGCACACCGACCACAACUCGCAAAUCCUCUUCCUUGAGAAGUGGCAGGAGGCCAAGGGCCGCGAUGUCAAGACAGACGAGAUGGUUCCCUGGCGUCGCGAGAACAUGGGCGACCUCGUCAACGCGUUCGAUUUUGUGAACCCCAACUACGAAGUCGUCGAGCUGCCUGACACGCCUGAGCCACACAAGAACUCCAAAGGCCAAUGGGACGGCGCCUCGUACUGCCGUGCCACACACUCGGAUCACCAGCCCCCGGCGCCGUACACUGGUCCCGGUGCCAUCCAGGACAUGACCACGGUGGUCGGUGAAGGCUUCAAGUCCGUCCGCGGCAAGUUAACUGAGGGCCGCUACCUGACCUUUGAAAGCAAUGGUCAAGCACUCACAGCCAUGAAGUGUGGCGGUAACAAGAAGCCCAUCAUGCAGGCGGCGACGCCCAAGCACGAUAAAAAGGCCCAGCGCUGGGUUGUGCACGCCGUGGAGCUCGGCGGGAGCGACUUCACGCUAAGCAAUGUAGCCUGCGGCGAGUACAUCUGCCAGGGCGGCGUCUUUUGUGAUAGCAAGGAUAAGGCGGCCGUGUUCACCAUUGGGUACACGUCGGGCAAGGGCUACACGCUGUUGGAGAAGCAGACUAGCGAGUACUGGGGCGCGGGCAAGGGCAAUGGCGCGCCUUCGGCAAGCAAGGAGCCUGGCUACUGGCAACUGUUUAGCGUCAAGUAUUAG